CUGUGCUCGGGCCUGAGCGCCCAGCGCCCUCCUGUGGGGCCAGCUGCCAGUCCGCUCCGUCAGAGGGUACGCCAGCCGGGUGCCUCUAGGCUCCCCGACGCUUGGGGCUUCCACCUAUCCAGCUUCCCUUGGCCGAGUUUCAGGGGAGUCCGGCGUCAGGGGGCGCCAAGGAGCCAGGGGGAAAACCGUAAGGUGCUGAGCUACCCCCAACCUCCUACCUCCCCGCGCCCCGCCCCGAGAUUGGGGCUUUGGAAGAUGCAGCCGGGAAGAACAUUAACCUUAGGGUUACAUCUGGAAUAGCAGCGUCUACAUGGGCAUUCCUUCUACAAUUUCAGAAAACUUUUGGUAACUAAUUGAUAAAAUGCAGACGAUCUUGCAAAGAGAUGAAAUUACUGAUACCCAGGCUCUUAGAAAAGGAAAGAGGAAAAGGACAGAGACCAUGGAUUCAGAGAAUGCAAACAGUGACAUGGACAAAGGACAGAGAGACCCAUUUUCGGAAAACGCCUUUCUGCCUGGCGAGAGCUCCAGUGAGGACGAAGAGCCUUUAGAAGAAUUGUCAAAGGAGGAAUUGUGCACAAAAAUAAAAAGCCUGAAACAAAAACUAACGAACAUCCGGAAAGAAAACAGUCGACUUCGACAGUCGUUGGUCACGCUUCAAGUGUUACCACAAGCAGUCACCCAGUUUGAAGAAUUGGUUGGUAUGGCGGAGGCCGUGCUUAAGGGUAGAGGAGCCCUGGUCACAUCUGCGUCCACCCUCUGGAGAGCGACAAACAACUCCUCGCCAGAUUCGUUUGCCUCAAUGUGCAGUAAUUCUAACUCUAAUUCUAAUUCCAGUUCGCCAGUCUCCUUGAGAGCUGAAGAGGAGCAUCAUACCGAUGAGAAGCAGUUCAAGAUUGAAAAAUGGCAGAUUGCCCGCUGUAACAAGAGCAAGCCUCAGAAGUUUAUUAAUGAUUUAAUGCAAGUGCUUUACACAAACGAGUACAUGGCCACACACAGCCUGACGGGUGCAAAAUCCUCCACUUCACGGGAGAAAGCUGUCAAACCCGCUAUGAAUCAGAAUGAAGUUCAAGAAAUUAUAGGAGUCACCAAACAGCUAUUUCCCAACACUGAUGACGUCUCCAUCAGAAGAAUGAUAGGGCAGAAGCUGAACAACUGCACCAAGAAGCCAAAUUUAAGCAAAAAUAUGAACUCUCAGGAUAUUAAGUAGAUCCUUUUGGUACUAUCAGCAUCUGAACUAAAACACCUCCAGUUUUAAGUUUAACAUUGGAUUUUGUUGGAGAAUCUGCCACCUGCCUGGCAGUGAGCACAGAAACUCGGCAGGGACAGGCUGUGAGACAUCUGUGACAUCGAUGGACUCUUCCGAGGGAGCAGCAAGCCUGCUGAAGAAGCUGCAUGGAGAUUCCACCCUAAAUACCCACAAUGCAUCAAACUAGAGAAUUUUUAGCGAAUAAGCAUGCGUUAUGAUUUCUUGCAUUUUUCUAUUCCCAAAUGCCCCUGUACAGCUCAGUUAACACGAUAGUCGACUGCUGUACCUGUAUCAUUACCAGUCACUCUCCGUUUCAGUUUUCGGAUCCUUCGCAUGAGCACACGUGUGGAGCCGUGUGGUGAAAUAAGCAGUGUUCACGACCAGCAGAGCAGCAAAGUCAUCCCAAAACCUGGCAACCAUAUCUCACCGAGCAAUAGGGUUUUAGCAAUAAAACUCAGGAUAAUUCUGUACUUAAAAUGUAUAAAGUAGAAGCAAAAACUGAGAGCAGCAAGACCUUUUAUUUUAAUAUGAAACUAUUUCAUUGUAAUUCUAAAAAGGAAAUAAACCCAAAUUUAAUUUUUAUGAUUGUGAAAACAAGGCAUCAACUUUCAGGUAAAAAAAAAUUUAUGUUUACAUGCUUCUAACUUUUUAUUGCCCAAAGUAAAAUUAUAGAUAUGUAAUGUCAAAUAUCAAUAUAAUCUAAAACAUUCUUCAUCAAGAAGCUUCCCCUUCGAUGUCAGGUUGUCACACGUGACAACUCUGCAUGGCCACACCACGCUUCUUCAGUGCGCAGAGUUAGGUAAAAACUUGUAAAUAUAACAGAAAGUACAGUACU